CAUGGGGAAUGUUACUGUGACAACAUGCGGGAAGAGUCUUUACUGUGUUCUGCUGGUGGCACUCAUAGGAGUGCCAGGUUUGGUGACUGCGGUGCAGAUUUCCUGGACUGGCAGCGUGACAGCUGGUUUCACCACCACUUUCACUUGCUCUUCUACUUGUUUUCCAAACUGCACCUACACCUGGUCCUUUCAGGCCAGGACAGUCAACGGGAGCACAUUAACUUGGACACCAGAUGGACUGGAUGAUAUAGUGGCACUGCGCUGUACUGUCUUCAAUCCAAGAACAAAAGUCUACACCAGUACUACCACCACUGUAGAGAUUAAAAAUCAAAUGUCUGUACAAACCAGUCCACCGAACACUCUCCCAUCUCUCAACCAGUCACUGAAUCUUGUCUGCCACAAUGCUACAUCUGAUGACCCCCAAGGCCUAUCACACGUGGUCUGGUAUAUAGAUGGACAAAAGGUGACCCUGCGUGAAAAUAUGUGGCUUCUGCGAAACAACCUCACGCUUCACUUUGACUCACUGUUGCCUUCUGAUGCUGGUUUCUACCAGUGUCUAACUUAUCUGCCUACCUCACAUACAAGAGUUAUCAGCUCGGACUAUCUACUCACCUAUGAUCCAUGGAAGGUCAGUAUCAGUGGACCUGACACUGUGUUUCCUGGGCAACUAUUUCAGUUCACCUGCCUGACCAGCUGCGCCUUAAAUGUAGAAUGUACUGUCAGGUGGCAGUUCAGGGGAGGUUUCCCUAUUGGAACCUACUUUUCAGUCCAUGAAAAUGAGCUCAAGUGGACUCCUUCAAUACCUGGGACAUUCCAAAACUUCACCUGCAUUGCAGAAAAUAAAGCUGCUGGACGCUCUGCUGAGACCACCAAAAUGGUAGCGGUUAAAGGUGUCCUAAUCUCAGGAUCAGAGGUGGUGCAGCUCAGUGGACUUUUUGGAGUGAUCCUCAUUCUUGGACUUUGGGUCCUCUAGGGCUGGGUUCACACAACUAUUUACUUCUUUACACUUUAAAGAAGCAGUUCACCCAGAUAUCAACUUUACACAUAUGCUGUCAUGUCAUCCAAAGAUAUACACACCCACCUAUAAACAUAAUAAAUAUUCAUAGUUACUCCAUAAAAAAUAAAAUGCUAUCACCAGUACCUACAUAACUCAUCACUACAUCCCAGAGAACAAUGAGAUAAAUUAGAUUUUAGAGCGAAUCGUCCCUGUAAGAUUUGAGUUACUUUUUGUUUUUAUUAUUAUUCUUGCAAACCUAUUAUUUCUAAAAAACACCUGCAAAAGAACAAUGUCACAUCAGAUUUUGUUGUACUGUGUGCAAUGACAAUAAUGGUUUGAAUUGAAUUGAACUGAAUGUUACUGGUUCGUCAAUUUCACUUAAAAUAUUGUAAAACAUGUAUAUAUGAAAAAUAAAUUAUGUAUUUUAUGUCAUGGUCAGAUUUUAUUCUUGAAAUUUAAAACAGUAAUUUGUAGGUUCUUGUGUGUUCAUUGCUAAUUUAUAGUGUACACUUUAUGGCCACAAGGUGUCACUGCACCAACACACUGUACCCUGACCUUGAAUUCUUGGUUUCCAUCCCAGC